AUGGCUUCGCGUCUUGCUAAGAGCGCCAUUGGCGCAUCCCGACUUCGGCCGGCUCUUCCCGCCCGUGGUGUCCCUGCCGUCACUGCGAACCUGACCUCCUCUCGUCAGGCCUCGAACGUUCCCGCCGAGGAGCCCGCCAAGAAGGCGCAGUCCAUCCUGAAUGCCAUCCCCGGUAACAACCUGGUCACCAAGACCGCUACCCUGUCUGCCGCCGCCGGUCUGUCCAUCGCCGCCAUCAGCAACGAGCUGUACGUCAUGAACGAGGAGACCGUCGCUGCUUUCUGUCUGCUGUCUGUCUUCACUGCUGUUGGCAAGUAUGGUGGUCCCGCCUAUCGCGAGUGGGCUGAGGGUCAGGUCCAGAAGCACAAGGACAUCCUGAACGCUGCCCGUGCCGACCACACCAACGCUGUCCAGCAGCGUAUCGACAACGUCUCCCAGAUGUCUGGCGUUGUUGAUGUUACCAAGCAGCUCUUCGCUGUUUCCAAGGAAACCGCCCAGCUCGAGUCCCAGGCCUACGAGCUCCAGCAGCGCACUGCCCUCGCCGCCGAGGCCAAGCAGGUCCUCGACUCGUGGGUUCGUUACGAGAACCAGGUCAAGCAGCGCCAGCAGCGCGAGCUUGCCGAGUCCGUCAUUGCCAAGAUCCAGAAGGAGCUUGAGAGCCCCAAGGUUCUCCAGCAGAUCCUUCAGCAGAGCGUUGCUGACGUUGAGCGCAUCAUGGCGUCCAAGGCCCUGUAA